GCCAUCCAGGCAGUCAAACGAACGCUCGCGAGGAUGGCUGGUGAUGAAGUGGAUGAAUCAGCAGUGGAACUGGUUUUGCCGUGUGCUACCGGCGCAUUCUUCGCCGCUUACCGUGCCGGUGCUUUGCGUCGGAGACUACAGGAGACCAUCAACAUCUGCUUCAACAUUCAGGUUGAGGGCGAAGACAACAGCAUCCGAGUAUGCCAGCGCCUUUCGGAAUUUGGACCAGGUACUGCCGAUCGGUAUCUGGGGGCCGAACUUCCCGGUGGAAAUGCUCACGUGAUCAACUGGACCGCUGCGCCGAACCCCUUUGCAGCAAAUCCCAACUUGAACAUCGGAGAGCCCCCGCCGGGCUUCAACCCCUCUGAAACGG